GUUGAAUGCUCAGCAUGGCGUCAUAGCUCACAGAGGUGCAUAUAUGACAUGCUAUAGCACACAGCAGCACUCGACGAAUCGAAACCUGUGCGUCCACGCACUUCCUUUCUCCCCUCAAGCUCUGUAUAGCACGAUAGCUCUGACAGCAUCUAGACAGCAGCUGGAACGCAAAAACCUUAAAUAGGAGCCAGAGGCGAGUGGCUUGGCCCGCACGUGCGCCCACAAUAAUCAAUCUCCGCCUUCCUGUUGCAGAUACUCUUGACUCAAGCUACCUGUCGCAAUUAAUUAGUGACCUCAGUCAAACAGAACGAGACGCGUGCACGAAGCGCCCUUCACCAUUCACGACUGGCAGAGAUGAGCGGUCAACGCAGCUUGACAAAAGGCAAGAAGCACUUGCCAGAUCCCGUGGGCCAAUAUGUCGGACUAUUGGCUCUCUACUCGCGGAAGAGCACGGACGAUCCAAACGAGUCAAAGCGCGGAGAGGGCGAAUCGACCAAUGGCAGCAGUGGCAAGGGCAAGUGGAGAGCGAUGCUAAGAAGAGACGCAUCAGAAAGCGAAGAUGCCGGCAACAAGAAGCCUGUGCCCAAAAUCCACGCAGACAUAGCCAGAGUGUACUUUCCUGGACAAGCGGUCACCGCGCAAGUCGAAAUCGAUGAGAGGGCGCUGGCUGCGGACUCGGACCUCGAGCAGCUAACCGUCGAGCUCAAAGGAGAAGUACACAGCUACGGCUACUCGUGGGAUCAGUAUGGCAACCGCUACACCAACCCGCAUACAGAGACCAUCUUUGUGCGGCGAGCCGUCCUUUAUGCGCGCGAAGGAGCAAAGACAGACGCGGUCGAAGAGCAUCUCUUGACAACCGGCAAAGCCAAAGUGGAUCGUUCUGACAUUACCGCGUGGGAUGUGAGCAGCAUCUUGCCAACCACUUUCGAGACCAAGCCUGGCAGCGCGAAAUCGCAGACUUUGGCCUUACCGGCUACAUUCAAGGAUACUACCAAUGGCUAUUUCGACGGCACUGCUACCGUCGUGUAUGGAUGGAAGGCGGUAGCGAAGCGUUCUGGCACUUUCAAGAGACACUCGAGAGCCUGGCUGCCACUGCUAGUCUCGGCCAUCUCUGAGCGCAAAGGCGAAAUUCCUAGUAUUGAAGAGCUGCCAGCCAACCUCAGCGCGGUGCCACCUGGCUGGGUCAGAGGCACGGCAUCGCAGGCUAUCCGCAAGAAGCUUCUCUUCAGCAAGGGCACCGUGGACGCGGAACUUUUCGUUCCCAUUCUGGAUGCAGUCGGUCCAGACUCUGUCUUGCCGGUAGUGCUAAAGCUGACAGCCAGCGCAAAGAAUGCCAGCGAUCUGACUGGCCCAGACGCGUCGCUUCCUUCCUUGCCUGGGACAAACGCUUCACCCUCUUCUGGCAGCGGCGGUGGGCCCCCUGCGGACAAGCUCAUUCCGCGUAUCAAGAUUCGCAGAAAGAUCGAAAACAGCACCAACAGCAAGGCCAACGACUUUUUCCUGGUCACGAACUUCGAACACAGCUUCUCGGCUCGCGUUGCUUGGAGCAAUACGCAUCUGCAAGGGCAGGCUGGUAGUCUAGCUCACGGAUGGACUGAGCCUAGCAAAGCUUCCGCUCUUUCGUCUGGCUACAGCACAACAGCUCAGCUGGUUGGACAGAUCCACCUGGAUCUGACUCCCAACUUGGAACUACCCACGCUCAAGGUGCGCUACACGCUCGUGCUCAAGGUGCCCAUCCCCGGCCUAGGUUCGUCGCUCGUGGCCAAGCUGGAAGAUUUGCGGAUUGCGCCAUCGAGCGGUGUGACGGCUGAAGACCUUGCAGCCCACGGGAACGACGUGGACUAUCUGACAAGGGCAGUGGCUGGUCGAAGACAGGCGCUGCUACUGAUUGCAAAGGACCAGUUCGUCAAGGCUCCCAAAGACGAUGAACAAGCCAUGGACCAGCUCAUGGCGGAUCAAGUCUUGCCUGCGUACGAGGAUGACGAUGACGAUGACGACGAUGACGACGCAGACGAGAAGGGUAAGCUUUCGAAGAAGAAACGAGGUGAGGACGAGCUGCCUAGCUACGACGAUAGCGGUGCCACGGGCAAAGCGCAGCCGUCCGAAAAGGCUUGAGAAUACUUUCACAUUUCAGGUGCGAGUUUGGCUGCGCCUUUUUUGUCUUCGACUUUUCCACUGAUUGUCGUUGUAGCGCUACGAGUAGCUUGCUUGUAUCUAUACUGCGCCCACCAUUGCCAGCUCGUCGUUGCCUUCCAAUUCACCUUCUGUUGACGCGCGA